AUGCUUAUAACUGUCUGCCUGUUGCUGAGUUCGCUAGAGUUGAGUGCACAGCAGUCGCCGCUGGCCCAGGCGCCGGCUGUGGCUCCGAGGGAGCCGUGCGGCCCAUCGCUGGCCUGCGAGCCCAGACUGAGGAGAGAUGCCGGCGGCCGGGGGGGCGUCUAUGAACAUCUUGGGGGAGCCCCGCGCAGGAGGAGGCUCUACUGUGCCACCAAAUACCAUCUGCAGAUCCACCUGAACGGGAAAAUUGAUGGCAGCCUGGAGAAAAACAGCAUCUUCAGCAUUUUGGAAAUAACUGCUGUUGAUGUGGGAGUUGUGGCAAUUAAAGGUCUGUUCUCGGGUAAAUACCUGGCUAUGAAUAAAAGAGGUCGCCUCUAUGCGUCGGAAGUCUACAAUCCGGAGUGCGAGUUUGUCGAGCGGAUUCAUGAACUGGGCUAUAAUACUUACGCUUCCAGAUCCUACAGGACCGUUCCUAACGCAGGCGGCGCAAGGCGCCGGAACAGCGCCGAGAGACUAUGGUACGUCUCCAUCAACGGCAAAGGCCGACCGCGGAGAGGGUUCAAAACCCGCCGGACUCAAAAAUCCUCCCUCUUCUUGCCGAGGGUGUUGGACAGCAAAGACCACGAGAUGGUCCGAUUAUUCCACACCAGCUCGAAGUUUCGAGAGAGCCUUUGGAAAAACUCGAGCAAAUCCGAGAAGACAAGAGCCGGCCAAUAGUGAGAAUUCCUGCUGCCAUAACUUAAGAUAUUUUAUAAUUGUUGGGACUCGCGUUUGAAAUAGGACAAAAUUUAUUUGUAGAAUGAUAUACUUAGCAUUACAGGUGGAGACUAUUUGUGA